CUUGGAGUGAUGGAGGUGCGGCGUCUUCUUUCAGGUGGCGGCGCGGCGUCUUCCUCGAGGCGGUGGUCGGUCUUCUUGGUCCAGUGGUCAGUGCUUUGUCUCAAUUACAGGAACAGGAAUUGCUCUUUAGUGCACAGCACUUAAAUGUGCUUUUGACAGGAGAAGACAUCCCCAGAGUUGGGCUCGAGUCAUGGUUCGUGCUGUUCCUCUCAGACAUGGUUGUGUUCUCUUCUCGAUGUUUGUAUUCCAGAAUGGAUGUCUCUUGGUUGUAUUUUAAACUUUCAAGUUGUUUUAAGUUAAUUUUAAUGUAGUUUAUUUAUUUUAAAUUUAGUUUUGCUACAUUAAAUUUGUAUGCAAUCGUAAGGGAUUGUGGGUAUUUUAGUUCUGAGGGAUGAGAGCCUAAGGAAUCAAUCUUCCUGUUACAGCAAAGGAUUGUGGGUAAAACCGUGAGUGAGUGAGGUACUUCCUUUCUGCCAUGAGAGCCUUGGGAAUCAAUCUCCCUGUUGCAGCAAAGGAUUGUGGGUAAAACCGUGAGUGAGGGAGGUACAUUUUUCCUGGCAUGAGAACCUCAGGAGUCAGUCCUUCCUAAGAAAAAAGAGGGGAGGGGGGAAGACAAACAAAAGCACAGGAACCCUAAAAUGAAAUAAAAUAAAAUAAAAUGAAAUAAUAUAAAACAAUGAAAAAAUAAAAAAUAAAAGAAGAACAAAAGUGGAUUGCAAAAGGGAAAGGAGAAGAAAAAAGGAAAAAAAGAAGUGUCAAGAGCAAAUAGCAAAAAACGGAAGUGAGCUUAAAAACAGAGAACAGUUCCCUAAAAGACAGACAGAAAUGUAAAUUUGAUCAAUGUCCUAAGGGAAAAUCUGCACGUGUAUGUGUGUUCUUUUUUACUAGCUUAGUCUGGUGUCACUGAUGGUCAGUUAUCAAUAAGUAUUUAUUAUUUAAAUUUUUGAUGAAGUUGUUUGUAGUGGGGUUAGCUGGCUAAUUUUAGAGUGUUAAAAAAGAUGUUAGAGGGGGAGGAUUUAGGUGGCACGGCGGUUCCCCUUCAGGUCUCUCUUAAUCUUCAAUAUAGGUGACCCAACAGGGGUUACCCCCGGCCGGGGUAGGCCGAGGCUGAAGAUCACCUAUUUGUCAUCUGUGAAGGUGAAAAUAAAGGGGCAGGGGAGGGAAUAAGAAAGAGGGGGGUGUUAGAGAGAGGGGGAGAGAUGAGGGAGAGAGAUGAGGGAGAGAGAGAGAGACAGAGAGGGGGGGGGGGUGAGAGAGAGAGAGAGAGAGAGAGAGGGGAAGAGGGAGAGGGGGGUUUAAGGGAGAGGUGGAGAUGGUGGAAAAUAAAGAUUGGUGAGGGGGAUUUGGUGGCGGAUGAAACAUCCCAUAGCUCCCCAGCUCUCACCAUCCAUGUGAGGAGAGUGAGCAAGGGACAUAGUCACCCGACCCGACUAGGUCUAGGCUCUGCUCUCCUCACGGUCCUCACAAGAUACAAAGAGAUAUGUAAACGUGGAAGUGAGAGUUCUCUAGGCAGAGUUUUGGGUUUGGUUUGAGCUGAGUUGGUCAGUUGAUUAUUGAUUACUAUUUUAAGUUCUAAAAGUGGAUAGAGUCAAAAAGUCACAGAGGAUUGUGGUGGGAGCAGGUGGUCCAUCUGGCACCAUUCUGCUCAUGCAGGGAUUCGAGUGAUAGAAAGAGAAUAGAUCUUGCCACCGUGACUCGCCAUUGAGACUCUCCUCACCUGCUGGUUUUCAUCCUCUGAUAGGAGAGAGAGGUACAGAUCAGGAGAGAGGGAGAAAAGGAGGGAGGCAGGGUGGGGUCAGGAGUUAAUUUGUCUUGAAAAGUAUUUAUCUUUUCGUCAUUGCUGUUAGGGUUUAGAUGUUUUUUGUUUAGUUUUCUGAGGAAUGUAGUGUUAGUAUAGGUUCCAAGGUGGAGGAUUCUUUGGAAUUCACUCUCACCCUUGAAACUGGAAGAUCUUAGACUCUAUAAAGGGGGGGGGGGGGGUUGUGUGCACAGAAGGAGCAUGGGCUCAGACUAUUCUCGGAAUGAUAUUGUGACAAGUCUGUCCGAAGGUAAGUGGCUGGUUAGGUGUGGGAAAGAGAUAGAGUGAUAGCCCCCGCUUUCGUCAGUUGACUUGGCGGUUUGAGGUAGGCUGAUCAAGGACUUGCACUGGCCGGCGCAUGUCGAUCUGUCACAUGUUCCAGUCGAGUCUCCGAGCUCAAUCUGUGUGUAAAAAUUAUGUGUUGGUAGAAAGUUUAAUGACUCAGCUCAGUUGGUAUGCUAUGCUGUCUAUCUUUUAGACUAUGUGUUUGUUGAGCAAUUUUAUGUAUAUAUUAUGUUACAGGGCUAGGAAAAGGUUAAAGGUUUUUGACGUUAGGGUUAAAAUCACUGUCCAAAACCUUUGUAGGAACUCUUUUCCAACCUUUUGGAGGGAGCUAGACCAGAAAAAAAAGAAAAAAGAAAAAAAAAAAUUGGGGUGUUCGGGCUUCCUGAAGGUAAUACCCGGUAUUAGGUUUUGGGGCUAGGGUAACUUUUAAGGUUUUUGGCGUGAGGGUUAAAAUCACUGUCCAAAACCUUUGUAGGAACUCUUUACCAUCCUUUUGGAGUUAGUUAGACCAAAAAAAAAAACGAAAAAUGAAAAAAAAAAUAUUUGGGGUUUUCAGGCUUCCUGAAGGUAAUAACCGGGUAUUAGGUUAUGGGGCUAGGGUAAGGUUUAAGGUUUUUGGCGCGAGGGUUAAAAUCACUGUCCAAAACCUUUUUAGGAACAUGUUUCAGACCUUUUGGAGAUGGUUACACCAAAAAAAAUGUAAAAUGAAAAAAAAAAUAUUUGGGGUGUUUGGGCUUCCUGAAGGUAAUACCCGGGUAUUAGGUUAUGGGGCUAGGGUAAGGUUUAAGGUUUUUGGCGUGAGGGUUAAAAUCACUGUCCAAAACCUUUGUAGGAAGUCUUUUCCAACCUUUUGGAGUUAGUUAGACCAAUAAAAUAUGAAAAAUGAAAAAAAAAAUAUUUGGGGUGUUCGGGCUUCCUGAAGGUAAUACCCGGGUAUUAGGUUUUGGGGCUAGGAUUAGGUUUAAGGUUUUUGGCGUUAGGGUUAAAAUCACUGUCCAAUAUUUUUAAGGAACAUGUUUCAGACCUUUUGGAGUUAGUUAGACCAAAAAAAAGAAAAAAGAAAAAAAAUAUUUGGGGUUUUCGGGCUUCCUGAAGGUAUUAGGUUUUGGGGCUAGGGUAAGGUUUAAGGUUUUUGGCGUUAGGGUUAAACUCACUGUCCAAAACCUUUUAAGGAACAAGAUUCAGACCUUUUGGAGUUGGUUACACCAAAAAAAAUGUAAAAUGAAAUAAAAUAUAUUUUGGGUGUUCGGGCUUCCUGAAGGUAAUACCCUUCAGGUUUAAGUAUUAGGUUAUGGGGCUAGGAUUAGGUUUAAUGUUUUUGGCGUUAGGGUUAAAAUCACUGUCCAAUAUAUUUAAGGAACAUGUUUCAGACCUUUUGGAGCUAGUUUGACCAAAAAAAAAGAAAAAGAAAAAAUAUAUAUUUGGGGUGUUCGGGCUUCCUGAAGGUAAUACCGGGGUAUUAGGUUAUGGGGCUAGGGUAAGGUUUAAAGUUUUUGGCGUGAGGGUUAAAAUCACUGUCCAAAACCUUUGUAGGAAGUCUUUUCCAACCUUUUGGAGUUAGUUAGACAAAAAAAAAAAGAUAAAUGAAAAAAAAUAUUUGGGGUGUUCGGGCUUCCUGAAGGUAAUACCCGGGUAUUAGGUUAUGGGGCUAGGGUAAGGUUUAAGGUUUUUGGCGUUAGAGUUAAAAUCAGUGUCCAAAACCUUUUUAGGAACAUGUUUAAGACCUUUUGGAGUUGGUUACACCAAAAAAAAUGUAAAAUGAAAAAAAAAAUAUUUGGGGUGUUCGGGCUUCCUGAAGGUAAUACCCGGGUAUUCGGUUUUGGGGCUAGGGUAAGGUUUAAGGUUUUUGGUGUUAGGGUUAAAAUCACUGUCCAAAACCUUUGUAGGAACUCUUUUCCAACCUUUUGGAGUUAGUUAGACCAAAAAAAAAAGAAAAAAGAAAAAAAUAUAUUUGGGGUCUUCGGGCUUCCUGAAGGAAAUACCCAGGUAUUAGGUUAUGGGGCUAGGGUAAGGUUUUAGGUUUUUGGCGUUAGGGUUAAAAUCAAUGUCCAAAACCUUUUUAGGAACAUGUUUCAGACCUUUUGGAGUUGGUUACACCAAAAAAAAAUGUAAAAUGAAAAAAAAAUAUUUGGGGUGUUCAAGCUUCCUGAAGGUAAUACCCGGGAAUUAGGUUAUGGGGCUAUAGUAAGGUUUAAGGUUUUUGGCGUUAGGGUUAAAAUCACUGUCCAAAACCUUUGUAGGAACUAUUUUCCAACCUUUUGGAGUUAGUUAGACCAAAUGUUUCGGGCCGCCGCCUUAGUGUGGCGAGUCUUGGGUCUUCCUCACUGUGUGUGUGUGUGUGUGUGUGUGUGUGUGUGGUGUGUGAGAGUGCCUGUGUGUGCAUGCUGCCUGCAGUUCACAGGUUGCCGUGGCUGCGGAUCAAUCAAGUGCCUGAUCACCUCCACCUGGAAACUGCAAACACUGACUGGCUGAGGGCUUCUGCCACUUGAGAGGAGCCACUUGGGGGGAGUGGAUAAAACUCCAGUAGACCUGCAGAUCAGGGAGCACGCUGUACCCAGUGGAGCUCCCAUGCCUCUUCCUCAGACAGAUUGUCUUUGUGAUUGUGAAUUGGGAUUUUUUCGUAGCUUGUGAGGCAUUUUGGUUUGCACACGCCUACCUGCUUUCCUUUUUGUAUCCAGCAUUAGGGCUGAGUAUUGUAUUUGAGUUCGUUUCUUGCUGAUGUGAGCAGAUCUUUUUAUUUUACUGGUAACUAACUCUAGGUUAGAGUCUCCCUGUGUUUUUUGGCAACCUGUUAAGUUUCCUUUAAGGCCUUUGUUGCCUCUCUUUUUGUUGUUACUGCCAAUUUUACUUUUGUUAAUAAAUAACUUGAUUUGAUCAUUUAACAUCUGGUCGGUUUUAUGUUGCUUCCCUUCUCCCUUACACGAGCUGGUCGUAACAUAAAUGGGGGCUCGUCCGGGAUACUAAUCCGUUAAAGGAGACCCGGAAAUCCGAAAAGUUUUUGUUAAUAAAGGUAAGAUUAUUGUGUGUGUGUGCUUAGGUAGGUAAAAUGGCAUCGUUCGAUCUUGACAGCUUCUUGUUAAAUCCGUCACUUGACCAAAUUAAUAAGUGCAGAAAGGAUAAUUUGGUCGAGAUAGCUGUGCACUUCAAUGUCCUGUUUGCCAAAUCAAUCCUGAAAAAAGAAUUAAAAUCUCUAGUCAUAGGUAAGUUGGUGGAAUUAGGUAUAAUUGUUUUGCCGGUGCUCCCUGAGUCACCUGUGUGCGCACCUGGCUCUGAGACUGCGGCUGAUUACACUGCACAAAGGGAGUUCAGUAAAGUGUCUGCUCAGCCCAAAACUCCCUUUACCUUGCCUCGCUAUGAUCCUCCUUUCUCAGGCAGCACUGAUUCUCUGGGUGAGGCCAGACUGAAAGUCAGGCUGGCACGAAUCCAGAUGGAGGCUCAGGAGAGAGCCGAGAACCGGCAAGCAAAGCUGAGGCUUGAGAUCCGGAAAAUGGAGAUCGAGGCUGAUAAAGCAGUCAGACUACGUCAGCUGGAGCUAGAAGCUCAGCUGAAAGCAACCCCGGCACUGGAUGCAUCUGCAGAUGCAAUAAUGUCACCUCCUUCCACCAGCUCUACCCGAGAGUCCUUUGACAUCGGUAAGCAUAUUUCUCUUGUUCCACCAUUCAGAGACUCUGAAGUUGACAGUUAUUUUCCGGCAUUUGAGCGCAUUGCGACUGCACUUCAGUGGCCUUAUGAAGAGUGGCCACUACUUCUCCAAUGUAAGAUCCAUGGUAAAGCACAAGAAGCUGUAGCUGCUCUACCUUUAGCGGAGAGCUUGAACUAUGAAAAGGUAAAGAUGUCUAUUUCACGUGCCUAUGAAUUAGUCCCUGAAGCUUACAGGCAAAAAUUUCGGAACCACACAAGGGGCCCUGAACAGACGUAUGUGGAGUUCGCAAGGGAAAAGGGAACUCUUUUUGAUAAAUGGUGUAACGCUAGUAAAGCUGCUGAUUUCAGUUCACUCCGUGAACUAAUUCUUCUGGAAGAAUUUAAGAAAUGUCUACCAGAGCGCAUUGUUGUGUACCUAAAUGAACAGAAAGUUUCAUCUCUCUCUGCAGCCUCUGUACUGGCUGAUGAAUUUGUGCUAACCCACAAACCUGUGUUUCUGUCUACUUACGAAAAGCCUCGUGCUCCGGCACCACAGAGUGGACAAGCCAGAGUGUUCCACAGAAGGGAUGAAAAAAGCUGUAACUAUUGUCAUAAAUCUGGACACCUCAUUGCAAACUGUCCCUCCUUAAACAGGAAAAAACAGAAUGGCAACGGAUCGCCCCCUAAAGGCGUUGGGCUCAUUAAAUCUGAGAAACGUGUAGAAUCUAAUGCUGUUUCUUCUGUUUGCCCAGAUCCAUGUUUUGAGCCGUUCAUAUUCGACGGGUAUGUAUCUCUGACAGGUGAGACUGCUGAUCAGUGCCCAGUACGCAUUUUGAGGGACACCGGUGGCUCUCAAUCUGUUAUACUGGCUAGUGCAUUGCCAUUUUCGGAAAAGUCUUUUUGUGGUUAUACUGUUGCCUUGCAAGGUAUUGAGAUGGGUUAUGUCCCACAACCGGUGCAUACAGUCCACAUUAAGUCCUGGUUGAUAAGUGGGGUUUUUCCUGUGGCUGUCAUUCCCGCUCUGCCUAUAAAAGGAGUAGUUCUCCUCAUGUGCAACGACAUCGCGGGUGGCCAGGUAACCCCUGCACUAGAGGUGUCUGACUCUCCGCAGAGCCCUGAUAUAGAAAAUGAAACAGAAACUGCUCAGAAACUGUUUCCAUCUUGUGCUGUAACUCGUGCGCAAUCUCGUAAAUUGGACGAAUUCUCACUGUCGGAUACUGUGCUAAUGUCUGCUUUUUCAGAUGUGGAAGUUGUGAAGGAGAAAGCUCCCACAUCUCUGCUGUCAGAAAGUGCCGAGCCCGUGGGUUCUGCGAAUCUGAGUUUGGCGCCGUCGGACAGUCCGACGCUGCCGGUGGGCAGUGAACGUCUCGCCGCUGCGCAGAGGGCUGACCCGACUCUGGCACGUUGCUUCAAAAGUGUGGUGAGUGCCGACAAAGCAAGUGGUGAAACAGUAUCUUACCUAAUGAAUAAAGACAUCCUGGUGCGUAAAUGGACUCCUGCAGUGUCUGAUUGCGAAUAUAGUGCUUUACAAGUUGUAGUGCCUUUUGUAUACCGGCAGCAUGUAUUGUCAGUUGCCCACGAGAGCAAAUGGUCAGGUCAUUUGGGGGUGAAUAAGACCUACAACCUCAUCCUCAAGCAUUUCUUCUGGCCUGGGUUAAAAUCUGAUGUAGCCAAAUUCUGUCGCUCUUGUCAUGUGUGUCAACUAGCGGGUAAACCAAACCAAACCAUCCCACCUGCUCCACUCCAUCCUAUUCCUACCAUAGGUGAGCCCUUUGAGCGUGUAAUCUUAGACUGUGUAGGCCCAUUGCCCCGCUCUAAAACAGGUAAUCAGUACCUACUCACCAUUAUGUGUGCUGCCACCCGCUAUCCGGAAGCCGUCCCGCUGCGUAAAAUUACGUCCAGCUCUGUUGUCAAAGCCCUGACAAAGUUUUUCUCCACGUUUGGCCUCCCUCGUGUUAUCCAGACCGAUCAAGGUACAAACUUUCAGUCUCGGUUGUUCAAACAAGUCCUUAAAACGCUCAAUGUCCAACACUCCGUGUCCAGCGCGUAUCAUCCUGAAUCCCAGGGAGCGUUAGAACGUUGGCAUCAGACAUUAAAAUCCAUGCUGCGUAAAUACUCCCUAGAGACAGGUAAAAGUUGGGAUGAAGGGGUUCCUUUCGUGUUGUUCGCCGCUCGUGACGCUGUCCAGGCAUCCUUAGGGUUUAGCCCCGCAGAGCUCGUAUUUGGCCACACACUCCGCGGUCCGCUUAAAUCUCUGCAAGAAAAAUUCCUGUCCUCUGAAGUCUCACGUGAAGAGAACGUACUUGAUUUUAUGAGUAAAUUCCGCGAGCGUUUACACCGUGCAAACUCGCUCGCUAAAGAGUGUCUUUUGUCCUCCCAGACUGUGAUGAAGCGUCGUUAUGACCGAUCUGCCGUCCCACGCCGAUUUGAUGUUGGUGACAAAGUGCUGGCCUUGCUGCCGAUCCCUGGUUCUUCUCUCUCUGCUAAAUUUACCGGUCCCUAUGAGGUCCGUGAAUGCCUCAGUGACCUCAACUAUGUUAUUGCUACACCGGAGAGAAGGCGUAAAAGUCGUGUUUGUCACAUAAACAUGCUCAAACCUUACUUCACACGCGAACCGAACCCAGCUGUCGCUCCACCAGUGGUUCCCCCAAAAGCUAAUACUAUCGCUGUCAAUGCUCUGAUUGUCACUGAGUCUCCUACCAUUGCUGAUGAGGAUGAUUUACAGACGUGUACCUCAUCGCAUCAAACCGCGCGACUGCCGAAUUCGGAGUCACUGAAAACAUUGUCGUCCCAGCUAAGUCAUUUGACCCGCACGCAACAAAGUGACCUAAUUGCUUUGAUCGAUAAUUUUAAGUGUCUUUUCGGCGACGUUCCAACUCGCACUACUGUUCUGCAACAUGACAUAGAUGUCAACGGAGCAAAGCCCAUCCGACAGCAUCCAUACAGACUCAACCCCGUGAAGCGCCAGCUCAUGAAAAAAGAAACGGAUUAUUUGUUAAAACACGGUUUGGCUGUGCCAAGCUCCAGCGCUUGGAGCUCUCCAUGUUUGUUGGAGAAAAAAUCAGACGGUACCCCUCGUUUUAUCACAGAUCUGCGAAAGGUAAAUUCAGUAACUGUCAAAGACUCGUAUGCGCUUCCUAGAAUGGAAGAUUGUGUCGACACGCUUGGCAGCGCUAAGUACGUCAGCAAGCUGGACCUAUUGAAAGGGUACUGGCAAGUCCCGUUAACGGAGCGCGCAUCUGAGAUCUCCGCGUUUGUGACUCCUGACUGUUUCUUGCAGUACACCGUCAUGGCGUUUGGCAUGUGUAACGCCCCGGCCACCUUCCAGCGGCUCGUUAAUACCGUCUUGGCCGGGCUGCCAAACUGUAACGCGUACUUGGAUGACUUAAUUGUUUACACAGUGACGUGGCAGGAGCACCUCCGCAUCCUCGAACAGGUGUUCACUCGUCUUGCGCACGCGACCCUAACGCUAAAUCUCGCCAAGUGUGAUUUCGGUAAGGCCACCGUCACCUAUUUAGGACGACAGGUUGGGCAGGGUCAAGUUAAGCCUCUCGACGCCAAGGUAACUGCCAUAGCCGAGUUUCCGGUCCCAACCACCCGCAAGGCGCUCCGUCGUUUUCUGGGCAUAGCGGGUUACUACCGUAGCUUCUGCCGCAACUUCUCCUCCGUUGUUCAGCCGUUGACUUCUCUAACUAAUCCCAAAGUCGAAUUUGAUUGGUCCCCUGCCUGUCAGCAUGCGUUUGACAGCGCAAAGUCCCUCCUUAGCCACGCCCCUGUCCUUGCAGCUCCUGACUUCUCCCAGCCGUUCAAACUUGAGGUAGAUGCCUCUGCAGUAGGUGUCGGGGCUGUCCUGUUGCAGGAGGAUAGUGAUGGAGUUGACCAUCCAGUAGGAUAUUUUUCCCGCAAAUUUAACAAGCAUCAGGUGAACUACUCAAUCAUAGAAAAAGAAACCCUUGCUUUGUUAUGGUCACUUCAACACUUUGAAGUAUACGUAGGUUCCAGCCCUCUGCCAGUGGUGGUCUUCACUGACCACAACCCACUCGUCUUUCUGCAUCGUAUGUAUAACCACAACCAAAGGCUUAUGCGGUGGGCACUGGUCAUGCAGGAUUACAAUGUGGAGAUCCAGCACAAAAAGGGGUCUGACAAUGUUGUAGCAGAUGCGUUGUCCAGAAUGUAAUGUUGACUUUGUUAACCCUUGUGGUUGUUUUGUUUAUGACAAACCUCAUUAGGAGGGUUUGCCUCUUAAGGGGAGGGGUGUUACGGCCGCCGCCUUAGUGUGGCGAGUCUUGGGUCUUCCUCUCUCUGUGUGUGUGUGCGUGUGCGUGUGUGAGAGUGCCUGUGUGUGCAUGCUGCCUGCAGUUCACAGGUUGCCGUGGCUGCGGAUCAAUCAAGUGCCUGAUCACCUCCACCUGGAAACUGCAAACACUGACUGGCUGAGGGCUUCUGCCACUUGAGAGGAGCCACUUGGGGGGAUCGGAUAAAACUCCAGCGGACCUGCAGAUCAGGGAGCACGCUGUACCCAGUGGAGCUCCCAUGCCUCUUCCUCAGACAGAUUGUCUUAGUGAUUGUGAAUUGGGACUUUUUCGUAGCUUGUGAGGCAUUUUGGUUUGCACACGCCUACCUGCUUUCCUUUUUGUAUCCAGCAUUAGGGCUGAGUAUUGUAUUUGAGUUCGUUUCUUGCCGAUGUGAGCAGAUCUUUUUAUUUUUACUGGUAACUAACUCUAGGUUAGAGUCUCCCUGUGUUUUUUGGCAACCUGUUAAGUUUCCUUUAAGGCCUUUAUUGCCUCUCUUUUUGUUGUUACUGCCAAUUUUACUUUUGUUAAUAAAUAACUUGAUUUGAUCAUUUAACAUCUGGUCGGUUUUAUGUAGCUUCCCUUCUCCCUUACACGAGCUGGUCGUAACAUAAAUGGGGGCUUGUCCGGGAUACUAAUCCGUUAAAGGAGACCCGGAAAUCCGAAAAGUUUUUGUUAAUAAAGAUAAGAUUAUUGUGUGUGUGUGCUUAGGUAGGUAAAAUGGCAUCGUUCGAUCUUGACAGCUUCUUGUUAAAUCCGUCACUUGACCAAAUUAAUAAGUGCAGAAAGGAUUUGGGGUGUUCGGGCUUCCUGAAGGUAAUACCCGGGUAUUAGGUUAUGGGGCUAGGGUAAGGUUUAAGGUUUUUGGCGUUAGAGUUAAAAUCAGUGUCCAAAACCUUUUUAGGAACAUGUUUAAGACCUUUUGGAGUUGGUUACACCAAAAAAAAUGUAAAAUGAAAAAAAAAAUAUUUGGGGUGUUCGGGCUUCCUGAAGGUAAUACCCGGGUAUUAGGUUUUGGGGCUAGGGUAAGGUUUAAGGUUUUUGGUGUUAGGGUUAGAAUCACUGUCCAAAACCUUUGUAGGAACUCUUUUCCGACCUUUUGGAGUUAGUUAGACCAAAAAAAAAGAAAAAAGAAAAAAAAAUAUUUGGGGUGUUCGGGCUUCCUGAAGGUAAUACCCGGGUAUGAGGUUAUGGGGCUAGGGUAAGGUUUAAGGUUUUUGGCGUUAGGGUUAAAAUCACUGUCCAAAACCUUUUUAGGAACAUGUUUCAGACCUUUUGGAGUUGGUAACACCAAAAAAAAAUGUAAAAUGAAAAAAAAAUAUUUGGGGUGUUCAAGCUUCCUGAAGGUAAUACUAGGUAUCUGGGCUAAAGUAAUGUUAAGCUUUUUGGCGUUAGGGUUAAAAUCAAUGUCCAAAACCUUUGUAGGAACUCUUUUCCAACCUUUUGGAGUUAGUUAGACAAAAAAAAAAAGAUAAAUGAAAAAAAAAUAUUUGGGGUGUUCGGGCUUCCUGAAGGUAAUACCUGGGUAUUAGGUUAUGGGGCUAGGGUAAGGUUUCAGGUUUUUGGCGUUAGGGUUAAAAUCACUGUCCAAAACCUUUUUAGGAACAUGUUUCAGACCUUUUGGAGUUGGUAACACCAAAAAAAAAUGUAAAAUGAAAAAAAAAUAUUUGGGGUGUUCGGGCUUCCUGAAGGUAAUACUAGGUAUCUGGGCUAGGGUAAUGUUAAGGUUUUUGGCGUUAGGGUUAAAAUCAAUGUCCAAAACCUUUGUAGGAACUCUUUUCCAACCUUUGAGAGCAAGUUAGACCAAAACAAAAAUAAAAAUAAAAAAUAUAUAUUUGGGGUGUUCGGGCUUCCUGAAGGUAAUACCCGGGUAUUAGGUUUUGGGGCUAGGGUAAGGUUUAAGGUUUAAGGUUUUUCGGCGUGAGGGUAAAAAUCACUGUCCAAAACCUUUGUAGGAACUCUUUUCCAAACUUUGGGAAUAAGUUAGACAAAAAAAAAAAAGAUAAAUGAAAAAAAAAUAUUUGGGGUGUUCGGGCUUCCUGAAGGUAAUACCCGGGUAUUAGGUUAUGGGGCUAGGGUAAGGUUUAAGGCUUUUGGCGUAUGGGUUAAAAUCACUGUCCAAAACCUUUUUAGGAACAUGUUUCAGACCUUUUGGAGUUAGUUAGACCACAAAAAAUGUAAAAUGAAAAAAAUAUAUUUGGGGUGUUCGGGCUUCCUGAAGGUAAUACCCGGGUAUUAGGUUAGGGGCGAAGGUAAGGUUUAAGGUUUUUGGCGUGAGGGUUAAAAUCACUGUCCAAAACCUUUGUAGGAACUCUUUACCAUCCUUUUGGAGUUAGUUAGACCAAAAAAAAAAACGAAAAAUGAAAAAACAAUAUUUGGGGUUUUCGGGCUUCCUGAAGGUAAUAACCGCGUAUUAGGUUAUGGGGCUAGGGUAAGGUUUAAGGUUUUUGGCGCGAGGGUUAAAAUCACUGUCCAAAACCUUUGUAGGAACUCUUUUCCAACCUUUUGGAGUUAGUUAGACCACAAAAAAUGAAAAAUAAAAAAAAAAUAUUUGGGGUGUUCGGGCUUCCUGAAGGUAAUACCCGGUAUUAGGUUUUGGGGCUAGGGUAACUUUUAAGGUUUUUGGCGAUAGGGUUAAAAUCACUGUCCAAAACCUUUGUAGGAAGUCUUUUCCAACCUUUUGGAGUUAGUUAGACAAAAAAAAAAAGAUAAAUGAAAAAAAAAUAUUUGGGGUGUUCGGGCUUCCUGAAGGUAAUACCCGGGUAUUAGGUUAUGGGGCUAGGGUAAGGUUUAAGGUUUUUGGCGUAAGGGUUAAAAUCACUGUCCAAAACCUUUUUAGGAACAUGUUUCAGACCUUUUGGAGAUGGUUACACCAAAAAAAAUGUAAAAUGAAAAAAAAAAUAUUUGGGGUGUUUGGGCUUCCUGAAGGUAAUACCCGGGUAUUAGGUUAUGGGGCUAGGGUAAGGUUUAAGGUUUUUGGCGUGAGGGUUAAAAUCACUGUCCAAAACCUUUUUAGGAACAUGUUUCAGACCUUUUGGAGUUGGUUACACCAAAAAAAAUGUAAAACGAAAAAAAAAAAUAUUUGGGGUGUUCGGGCUUCCUGAAGGUAAUAGGUUUUGGGGCUAGGGUAAGGUUUAAGGUUUUUGGCGUUAGGGUUAAAAUCACUGUCCAAAACCUUUUAAGGAACAAGAUUCAGACCUUUUGGAGUUGGUUACACAAAAAAAAAUGUAAAAUGAAAAAAAAAUAUAUUUGGGGUGUUCGGGCUUCCUGAAGGUAAUACCCUUCAGGUUUAAGUAUUAGGUUAUGGGGCUAGGAUUAGGUUUAAGGUUUU